AUGGGCUGUUCUCGUAAUGCAAACGAUCUUCAUCAUCAACUUCACCUCGGCAUUACUGAAAAUGACGAUUCUUUUAAUACUACAAUGAUGAUUAAUCCAAACCCUAACACUGCUACUUCUCUUCCUCAAAACCCUCUUUCCAUUUCUCCUUCUUCUUCUUCUUCUUCUUCUUCAGCUCCUUCACCUUUCUAUAGCUUCAUUCAUUCUUCAACCCAUCUCCCGCCCUUCAAUCACCAUCUGGCUGUUGCUUCAAAUGAGCAAAGUAGGACUGAAUUUAUGGAGCAACCAUUGGGGAGUUCACGGUGGAACCCGACGCCGGAGCAGCUUCUUGCUCUGGAAGAAAUGUAUCGACGUGGAAUGCGAACGCCCAGCGCUGAACAAAUCCAACUCAUCGCCGCUCAGCUCCGGAGGUUCGGUAAGAUCGAAGGCAAGAACGUUUUCUACUGGUUUCAGAACCACAAAGCAAGAGAACGUCAGAAACGCCGCCGUGAGUUGCUCGAAACAACCACAACUCAUCACCAUCCUCCUGAAGAAAAACAUCACCAACACCACCGUGAGACUACCGAUCUCGAGAAGAAAGAUUCAGGGAUGAAAAAAGGUACAAUUUAUGAUGUUGAACAGACAAAAAAUUGGGCAUCAUCUUCUUCAAACUGGAGUAAACAUUCAGAGGAAUUUGUUGCAACGCAUACAUCAGUUGUAUCAUCAAUGGCAGAAACUGGACCACAUGGGAAGCCACAUGAUAAGGAAUUACAACUCCAGAGAAAUUUCAAUUUCAAUUUCAAACUCAAUAUUCCACACUUCAGGUCCCCAACUUCAUCAUCAAAUCAUCACCAUCAUCAUCAUCAUCGCUUCCCACAAAGUUUCAACAUUGCGCAGAAUAAUCAAAAUGAUGGAGUUCAAGAAACUACAACAAGUGCAACGACGACAACAACAACUCGAACUCUUGAGCUCUUUCCGCUUCACAGUGAAGAAUAUGAAGCAAGCAAGAAAGACGACAAUGACAACAACAUGAAACUGAAUAUCACAGCAGCAAUAAAUAACAAUAGCAGUAGUUUCAGUCCAAGGCAGUACAUUGAGUUUCUGCCAUUGAGGAACUGA